AUGGGGAACGCCAAGAGUAGCGCCAUGUCCAAGGCAAUACUGGAAGACCUAAAGCUCAACACGAGAUUUACGGAGACCGAGAUCUGCCAGUGGUACGAGAACUUCCAAAAGCAGUGCCCAAGUGAACGCAUCACGCCAGCUGAGUUUGAGAAGAUCUACGAUCGUUUCUUUCCUAACAGCGAUGCCACUACAUAUGCAAAGCACGUCUUCCGAUCGUUUGACGAAAAUGACGACGGUACCCUGGACUUCAAGGAGUACAUUAUUGCCCUGCAUAUGACGUCAAGUGGAAAGACACAGAGGAAGCUAGAAUGGGCCUUUUCACUCUUUGAUGUCGACAAGAAUGGCUAUAUCACCAAGGCAGAAGUGUCAGAAAUAUGCAAUGCCAUCUUUAAAAUGAUUCCCAAGGAAGAACAAGCCAAUUUACCAGAUGAUGAGAACACACCAGAAAAAAGAGCACACAAACUGUGGUCUUACUUUAACAAAAAAGACAGUGAACGCUUGGCUGAAGGGGAGUUCAUACAGGGUAUAAUGGACAAUGAUAACGCCCUCCGCCUGAUCCAGUACGAGCCCAAAAAAUAA